AUGCUAUUUUAUCUGCAUAUCAAUUUAUUUAUUUUUAACCCUACAAAGCUGACGCCUUGUAGUUGCGACUGCGCUUGUUGGUUGGUGGGGGUAGCGGACCUGCUUAAUAGAGGUAGCGAUUUUAAAGGGAGGGGUGUGAGGCGUCUCAUGUCAGUUGCGCCGCCGGUCUCGGCGUCGUCAACGCAGUCCUCCUCUUUGUCAGAAUCUGUGGCACUGCUCGUCCCUAAACAACUGCGACGGGUUUUAUCGCGUGGUGGCGCCGAGGUGGUUGUCGAAAAGCGUACCGCAGGGAAGAAGCGGAUGUUUGUGAACAUUCCUGACGAAUAUGACCGAGAGGAAGGAUGCCGUCGACAUGCUUCUCAUGCUGAUGUGCACCGGCGGGCUCUUGAAGAUUUGAGGUGGGCUCGGGAGACACUUUGGAAUGACGAACGACUCCAACCCUAUUUGUAUACCUCAGAUCACUUGACAUGGCCUCCAUUGACGCAAUUGGCAAGUAUGGUUAACCUGGCGUGGUCUGCGAGGGAAACAGACGCUGUGCCUGAUCAUUCUGCCGUCAGUGCGCUGAAAAAAGCGCUUGGUAUUAUUCGACAUGAGCUUCUUUACACAGGUUUGCACCCACUAAGGGAGGAGGCUCUUGCAGGGCAGCUGCUGGCGUUCACGUCAGAGGAUGGCAAUAUCUCCGCAUCUGGUAGUACAUUACAUGCAGUUGGUGGGUCAGAAGCACGAUUCGGGGAUACCGUGUGGUCCCUAGAACUGCACACUCCUUCUUUCAAUAUCGACGAUGUGCUGCGACUCUCUCUUACUGCGCGUAUGCAGAAGGCGUGCAUGGACGCUCUGCCGAUCGGCCUUGCACCUGCUACCGUUGGGAACACAUGGUCGGCAGUUUUGGCUGCGCACCGUCAAGCGGAGGAGAGGAGUUAUCCAGGGCUUUUUCACAGCGUUCCACAUUGUAUUACAUUGUUUGAUGCUGAGGCUGCACAUGUGGCGCGGAUGGUUAGCGAAGCCGCUAUCCAGGGGCGGCGUGUGCGGUUGCGUGUUGGUGUGUACCUCACAAUGGUUCAGCGAAAUGAGUUGUAUGUACUGUCAGGAUCUUCUGCUUUAGGUGACGCUACUGACGAUGAGUCGGAACUCCGUACCUCAUUUGAAAGGGCGACGGGACGAAGCUAUAAAGUGUGCCAGUCGUCGGGACUACUCUUGCGGAUUCGUGGGAAAGAGGAGAUUGAAGACGCUCUUCGGCUGCGCUUCCUGGGCCCCCUGGCUUCAAAGCAUGAGCUUCUUGAGACUGCAACCCUUACCUCUCGUAUUAGCAGUACGCAUGUUGUAGUUAAGCAUAAUCCAUUUGUUGUGAUCCAUGGUCCACGUGUUGCUGAGGGGUUUCCAGAGAAUGCUGCAGCUCGCUCUGAGCUAUUGGGUCUGCUUUCUUCGCGUGAAAGCACGGCCUCAAGUGGUCCCGCCCGGUUGGCCGUUGCGGAGGCCACACCGUUAACAGUUCAUGCGACUUCCGUUACACUCACCGGGGAGGACUUGCGGCAAGGCGUUGACGACGCGGUGUUGAAAACACUGUCUUCUGGACCCAUGCCGAGGAGUGAAUUGGCAGUACAUUCGAAUAUGGCUCGUUUUCGUGACGCACCAAAUUUCGAGGUGAUGCUGAAGGACUCACUCAAGAGGAUUGCUGAGUACCAUGGUAGAAAGUACCGUUUGAAGGAGUGA